AUGGCCACGGCAAUUCCACAAACACCAGCCAGGCCAGUACCUGGUGUAUGGCCUCAGACGCCUGCCACGAGACCUAUGAUCCCUGCUCCGUCGUUCCAAUCUCCAGGCACACCACUCUCCCGGCCGAACAUUACACCUCGCGACACCUCCGCAAGCCUCGUAACCACAAGAUCCGCUGAAACUCCAGCCCAGAGUCAGAGUUCAAUACGGCAACCUGAAUCUCUCGAGCCUCUCGAAAGAGCCGCACGAACGAUCAACGAAGCCUUUGCAAACGAAUCACGAUUCCCAGAGGUUGAGAACUAUUUGGCGCAGGGCUAUUCUGCCGAUUAUGAUAUUCAGGGCUCGACAACAUGGGCGCCAUUUCAAAAAGCCGGGGCAUACAAGAUCCCGGAUGAGAUCUUUGAGCAGUACAACAAUGCGCAGUUGUCCACAAGUAUGGGACUUUUUGCGGAAUUGAGAUACGCCUGGACGACUAUCGAUAAUGCACUGUACAUGUGGGAUUAUACAGCCCCGAAGCCUGAGUUGCUCGGAUUCGAGGGACAACCGCACAGUAUCCUCGCCGUCAAGCUGGUGAAACCCAGGGCAGGCGUUUUUCUCCCUCAUAUCACACAUGCCAUCGUUUUGGCCACGACGUCAGAGGUAUUGCUGCUCGGCUUAGGAACCGAUCCGAGCCCCGGCGCGUCUGCAGGCCUUUCGCUUUUCCAGACGGGGAUGUCAACUUCCACGAAGGGCUUGGAUAUCAGUGUCAUUGCCGGUUCGACAAAAACAGGAAGAAUAUUCUUCGGCGGUCGAUCAGAAAAUGAGCUGUAUGAGCUCUCAUACCAACAAGAGGAUGGAUGGUUUUCUAGCCGCUGUUCGAAAAUAUGCCACACUGCAGGCGUAGCAAAGUCGUUGACUUGGACCUGGGACUCUCUGCGAGGCGCUUCCAAAGAGUACGUGGAACAGAUUGUUGUAGACGACACGCGCGACAUGCUCUAUACUUUGUCAUCUUUGUCGAACAUCCGUGCAUUCCACAUGGAGUCGGAUGGUACGUUGCGAAAGGUCAUUGACAAACCGGCUGUGCAGAUCUAUGCCAACAUAGGUCACAUCAUCAGUCAGAACGAGACGCUCAAUCCUCGCGUUCCAAUUGUGGCAAUAUCAGCGAUUCCGGCCUCCGAAGCAUCGAGGUAUCACCUUGUCGCCACAACCGCCACUGGCUACCGGAUAUACCUUAGUGCGACCAGUUCUGGUUAUUAUCCAGCGUCCGGGUUGAGUGGGAAUAUCACGAUGCAAGCACAGCAUGUCAAAACCCCUCCUGUGACCUCGGCGCCAGGGUUAUCUCUGGCUUCUGUGAGCUCGGAUCCGUCUAGCAGCGCGCAUGUACCCAUCAAGACUUUGACCAUGACAAGACUUGCCGCGAGAUAUUCUCCUGGAUAUUUUUUCGCCUUUGUUGCCAGGGAUGCCAAUGCCCAGGUUGACCAGUUGUUCGUCUCCGCCCCCGAUGCCGGUCGGUUGAUUAGACCUGCUGAAGCCGGCCAGCCGAGCCGCUCUACUGAGACUGCGAUCUGGUUGUCUCUAGGCAGCCGUGCGGAAGACAUCGGAUUGGUGGUCCCGUACUCACCUCCGAUUGCUAACCCUGCCGGUUAUGGUAACGACUUGGCGGUUCAAUUUGACAAGCCUACCCCAGAAGUGGCUGUAUUGACGAACACGGGCGUUCACAUCAUUAAGAGACGACGGCUGGUCGACAUAUUUGCCGCAGUCAGCCGGCAAGGAGGUUCUGAAGGUUUCCAGAACGAGGUAAACAACUUGAUCAGAGCUUAUGGUAGAACCGAGACCCUGGCAACAGCUCUUGCUGUUGCUUGCGGCCAAGGCGUCGAAGUAACCAAGGACGCUUACUCUGCACGGGUUAAUGACCCGGAAGUACUGGAACUGGCGCGGAAGACCUUUAUUGAAUAUGGGGGCAAGCCUAGUAUCAAUCAGAAUUCGAUCACUGACAAAUCAGUACCUCUGAUUGAUGCUGUACGGCCUUCGCCUCGACAUGCAGCAACCGCCCUAUACCUCUCCCGAGUACUGCGAUCGACCUGGCGCAAUGUGAUUGCGGUUGAAGCCAUCACCCCCGUAGGGUAUCAGAUCAAUCCCGCCGUACCGUUGAAAAAGUUAAGAGAUGUGCAAGAGGCUUUGUCUUCACUGCAGAGGUUCUUCAAGACCAACAAAAGCUUCAUCAAAGGUCUUAGCGGCCCAGAUGAUUUGUCCACCGCCAGUACCAAGGACGAUGAAAUUGCGCUCAAGGGCGAGCACCGCGCCCUGCAUUCUUUGGUCAAAUUCACCUCCGACACAAUUGAAGGUCUUUCCUUCAUCCUGGUUCUCUUCGACGAGAAAGUUGCUGAACUCAUUCCACUCCUCCCAGAAUCCUCACGAGCAGGAAUUCUCAAAGUAACUUUUGAAGAACUCUUUACGACAAAGACCGGCUACGAUCUGGCAAAGGAAUUAGUCAAGGCCAUUGUUAAUCGCAAUAUUGCCAAAGGUUCCAAUGUGGAAACCAUAGCUGAAGCUUUGAGGAGAAAAUGUGGCAGCUUCUGUAGCGCAGAUGAUGUUGUGAUUUUCAAGGCUCAAGAGCAACUGAAGAGAGCGAACGAGGCAGGAGGCAACGCCGAAUUUUCGCGCAAUCUACUUAAUGAAAGCUUGAAGCUGUUUGAGCAGGUGGCACACAGCCUUCCAAUGGACUAUCUGCACUCAGCUGUCAAGCAGUACACAGAACUACAGUUCUACGCGGGCGCCAUCCAGUUAGCCCUGCGGGUGGCUCAUGAAAAAGACAAGGCGAAUGAAGCGCUGUCGUGGAUGGCAGAUGGUCGACCGGACGGCGAUGGCCGGAAGGCGAAAUUUGACCUACGGACACAAUGCUAUGACCUCAUCCACGAGGUUGUUGUUGCGGUUGAUCGUAGCACCGAACAAGGCCCGAGUUUCGUUGAUGGCAAGCCUACACUUGCUGCCACAAGGAGGAACGAAGCCUAUGAUGUGAUCAGCCGAUCCAACGACGAAGCAUUUUUGACGAAUCUGUAUGAUUGGUACAUCCAGCAAGGCUGGUACGACAGGUUGUUAGCCACAGAGUCGUCUUUCAUCGUGACUUACCUUCAACGAAAAUCGUCCGAGGACAUCACGUAUGCUGAUCUCCUGUGGAAAUAUUACGGUCAGACCAACCAGUUUUCGGAGGCUGCAAAGAUUCAACUGCAGCUCGCCAGAAGCCCUUUCCCGCUUUCUCUCGAGAAGCGGAUCGAGUAUCUUAGCAGAGCAAAGGCCAAUGCGUCGACGUAUACACCAGGGGGCAAUCGCAAAACCAAACAGGCAUUGCUUUUGGAGAUCUCAGACCUGCUUGACAUCGCCAUCAUUCAAGACGAAAUACUGCAGCGAUUGCGAGAUGAUGACCGGCUAGUAGGUGAUCGCAAGAAGGACGUGCUGGAUCGUGUGAAUGGUAUCAUCCUCGACAUUACAAGCCUGUUCAACGAUUUUGCAGACAAUGCAGGCUAUUAUGACAUUUGCCUGCUGAUCUAUCAGGCAGCAGACCACCGUGAUGCAUCUCAGAUCAAACAGACAUGGCAACAAUUGUUCCAGGUGGUUCACGACAAGACGGUGGCACAGGGUGAAAUCCAACCGUUUGAAGCGAUGGCCGAAACCGUGCGAAGUCUCGGCAGUAAGCUGCGAGUUUCCGAGACGACAUUCCCGGUCGAUACGCUGUUGUUGAUUCUUGAAAAGUAUUCGUUUGAACAACAGCGGAAUGUCGCUCCGCCUCACUGGGUGGUUGACAUUUUCCUGGAUUUGGAAAUCGCACACGAAAGACUUUUUGAAGUGUUGGAAACGGUGUUCUUUACUGGAGAUCCGCCUUUCAUGGGCACGAAUCGAAAGUACAUUGCCUCCGAUUUGGUGUAUGUUGUCGGGAAAUGGUUCCAUGACUCUAUGAGGGCAGGGACCAUCAUCUUCGGUAGUGAAGCUGGUGCCGCCCGUGUGGCUGAGACUCUGCAGGUUGUGUUGCAACAAGGAAAAUCUGCGGGUUUGGACGACGAGACUGUACAAAUCUGUCGUGCUGUAAUUGAACAGGUUGGACAACUUUUGGGAUGA